CCCAGAAAGAUUGCUGGUGCAAAAAAAAAAUGGAAGUGGCUAAUAAUUUAGUGUUGAUAUUUGUGGUUUCUUUAGCCACCAUUAUCCCAUUACUAGAAGCAGAUGUUGGCUACAACGAUGAUGAUGUCUGGCAGAAAAGACAGGAGGAAGCUAAGAAAAAUAUGAUGCGGUCCUAUGUACCAAACCCUUUAUUAGUCACAGAAGAGUUCGACUCUCAAGUUGACCAGGACAAGGAUAAAAAUGGAACUUUCGAGUCUGAUGACAAGGGGAAAGAUGAAACUUGGUACAAUGAUAAUGAUAUGAAAGAAAACAACAGUACUACAGGCUCUGUUGAUACAGCAACAAACAGCACUUCUGAUUUUGGAAUGGAGUCAGAGACCAACAGCACCAGGAGGAACCUAAGACAAGGAAAGACUCCGUAUAGAGGUCCAUGCCACACAACCAAUCCGAUUGAUCGUUGCUGGAGGUGCAGACGCAAUUGGGACACACGCCGUAAACGUCUUGCAAGAUGUGGACUUGGUUUCGGCCGCAGAACCACUGGAGGAAUGGCUGGAAAAAUCUACGUGGUCACCGAUAAUUCUGACGACAAUUUAUUGGAGCCUAAAGUAGGGACUUUGCGCCAUGCAGUGAUCCAAAAGGAACCAUUGUGGAUCAUCUUUGCCAAAGAUAUGAACAUUAAGUUGUCAAAAGAGCUUCUUGUGUGCAACAAUAAGACCAUUGAUGGGCGAGGAGCUAAUGUUCAUAUUGCUUAUGGUGCUGGGAUUACCUUACAAUUUGUUAGUAAUGUGAUCAUUCACGGACUUCAUGUCCACCACAUUUGUACUGCUAGUGGUGGCAUGAUUAGGGACUCCUCUGACCAUUUUGGAAUCAGGACUCAGAGUGAUGGAGAUGGCAUUUCCAUCUUUGGAUCCACAAAUGUUUGGAUUGAUCAUGUUUCUAUGUCUAGAUGUCAAGAUGGUCUCAUUGAUGCAAUUCAGGGAUCCACUGCAAUUACCAUUUCAAAUUGCCAUUUCACUCACCACAACGAUGUAAUCUUGUUGGGUGCAAGUGACAGCUUCUCAGGCGAUCAAUUUAUGCAAGUAACAGUAGCAUUCAACCAUUUUGGUCAGGGAUUAGUGCAGAGAAUGCCAAGAUGCAGAUGGGGUUUCUUCCAUGUGGUUAACAAUGACUACACCCACUGGAAGAUGUAUGCCAUUGGAGGUAGCAUGCAUCCUACCAUCAUUAGCCAGGGAAAUCGGUUUAUUGCCCCCAACGACCUUGCUCUUAAAGAGGUGACCAAGAGAGACUAUGCCACAGAAGCUGAAUGGAAGAAUUGGAUAUGGAGAUCAGAAGGUGAUAUGUUCAUGAAUGGAGCCUUCUUUGUUCAAUCUGGGCAACCACACAUGAAGACGAAGAAAGACAGGAAAUAUAUGAUAAAAGCCAAGCCUGGAGCAUAUGCUACUAGGAUGACACGCUUUGCAGGAGCACUGAAUUGCAGGCCUGGCAGGAAAUGUUAGAUUAGUCUCUAUCUAUUCAUCAUAAAAUUGAGAAGACUGAUGAUGAAGCGAUGAAGUGUGCAUGCUUUUAUACAUACAAUGGAGCCUAAAAUGUUCGGGAAAAUAAAAAUUGUAGAUGAGAGAAGAGAGGCGAUCCAAAAUUUCAUUUGCCCAUCCUUUUUUUUAUUUUUCAUUUGUUGGGCAUGUCUUAUUUUGUUUACCUACUUUCAUUUUCUUUUCCUUCUUAUUUUAUUUUUCAAUUUA